UUCUUUGCUUGUUUGCCAAUUCAAAAAUCAACCUCGAAGAUCCGGGAGAUUCUGGACGAAAUCUGUUGGAUCUUGCUUUCCAAACUGUCAGAUUUUCCCGAGUAUUUCCAUUUCUUUCUGACCACCUCAUGUGUUCCCUUUAAAAGUCAUACGCUCUUUGCUCUAUUCUUACAUCUCCUCGUGGUAAUUCUGUUCACCUUCUUAUUCUAUAUCUUUUGUUGGUUCUUCUCCUUCUUCUGAUAUAUGUGAGCCACAAGUAUGGCUGCAGAGGCACAGUUCCAUGUUCUGGCUGUAGAUGAUAGUCUCAUUGACCGAAAGUUGAUUGAGAGGCUCCUCAAAACCUCUUCUUAUCAAGUUACUGCAGUGGAUUCUGGUAGCAAGGCUUUAGAAUUUCUGGGUAUUCAUGAAGAUGAAGAGAAUGAAGCAAGCAUUGCCUCUGUUUCUCCAAAUGAUGAUGAUGAUCAUCAUCAGGAUGUGGACAUCAGUUUGAUCAUCACAGACUAUUGCAUGCCGGAAAUGACAGGCUAUGAUCUCCUCAGAAAGAUCAAGGAAUCUAAAUCUCUUAAAGACAUACCAGUUGUAAUCAUGUCCUCAGAUAAUAUCCCAUCAAGGAUUAACAGAUGCUUGGAAGAAGGAGCAGAGGAGUUCUUUCUGAAACCAGUUCAAGUAUCUGAUGUGAAUAAGCUUAAAUCCCAUUUGUUGAAGGGUAAAGCCAAGGAAUCACAACCCAACAUUAACAAGAGAAAUAUCAUGGAAGAAAAGCCCUCACCUGACAGAACAACAACAAAUUAUGGUGGAUUGGAAAUGGUCUAAACAGCACUGGAUGAUCAUAGUGGCAGAACACAGUCCUCUCCCCCUCUUUCUACCUUAUUAUUUUGAUUUGUUCCAUGAUUGAUUUAAGAUGCUCAACAGAAAUACUGAUGCUUGAAGAUGGGAAAAAGUGCUACAUUUUCGUAUUUAUGAUUCUCUCUGGGAACAAGAGGUUUAGAAUUUUGAGCAUAGGGGCUCAAUUGUAAAUUAACUGAAGAUUAUUUCAAUUUUGUUGUCUUCUUUACAGAAAAUCA